AUGUUACAACUACACGUUGGAUAUUUUUUAUUUUGGCUGAUUCUAACAGGAACGGCAGGAAUCAAAAUAACAAAACUUUUUAUACCGAAAAUAAUAGACGUAAGAGAAUCGGGGAUUUUAACAUGCGAAUUCGAUUUAGAAAAUGGUAAACUUUAUUCCGUUAAAUGGUAUAAAAACGAUCUUGAAUUUUUCCGUUUUAUGCCAAACGGAAAUCCUAUCGUACAAAUAUUUAAAGUCGAUGGAAUUAAUUUAACGGAUAAAGACUGCAAUAUGACUACGGUAGUGUUAAAUCGUUUGGAAUUUACAACUUCCGGUCUUUACACCUGCGAAGUAUCAACCGAAGGUCCUUAUUUUAAAACCGUACAAACUUCAUCAAACAUGACCGUUUUAGGUAUUCCAGAAAAAAAUCCUACGAUAACCGGAAUCGAAAAUAUUUAUAAUGUCGGCGAUUACGUCAGAGGUAAUUGCACAUCUGAUCUUUCAUAUCCGGUAUCGAACAUCGAUUGGUACAUUAAUGAUAAUAAGGUUGAAUCUUGGCAAUUGGAAAAAUAUCCGGUUAUUAUAUUUAAUGAUAAAAUGAUAAUUUCAACGCUCGGAAUAUCGUUUCAAGUCGAUCACAGUCAUUUUUCCGGAAAAGGAAAUACUAUGGUCCUUAAAUGCAUCGCUAAUAUAAAUGAUAUUUCGAGGCAAACGAUACACAUAUCUAAAUUAGCGGAUUUAGAUGUAGAAAAAUUAGCUCAGGGUUUAUACGGAAGUUACGGUUUGUUAUUACUAUUAUAA